AUGAACCGCCGCCCCGCAGGCUCCUCUGACGCGCAAUGGCUUAACCGGAGAGCCAUGAGCGCCCGGACGGAGGACAGCGUCAGCCUGUGCCAGAGGGCUCUGCAGAUCAUCACGGAGCUCUGCGUGACGGGCCACGUAGACCGGGAGAAAUGCUCGGACAUCUUCCCGCUGGAAAGCAACAUACCAGGUAAAGGACGCGCAGAUAUCUCUAUUAGUCUCCUUGCUGUGGUCGUGGGUUUCUGUGGCCUCGCCCUGUUGGUAGUCUCUCUCUUUGUCUUUUGGAAGCUGUGCUGGCCCAUUUGGAGGAGAAAGGCUCUCUCAACCCACACUGAAAAUGGCCUCCACAUCGGUCUCCCCGAGGCACCGCCGGCCAAUCCUCCACCCGAGGCCAAAGUGGUGGAGAAGAAACCACCGCCAGAGGUGAAGGUGAAUGUACAGAGCUCUGUGAAGCUGCUGGAGGCGGCCAUGAAGAUCAGCCAGACGUCUCCAGACAUCCCGGCCGAGGUCCAGAUGACCCUGAGGGAGAAGCUCAGCCAGCAGGCCAAGAUCCAGAGGCAGACCACCGAGCCGACUUCAUCUUCUAGGCACAAUUCAUUCCGGCGCCACCUGCCCCGUCAGAUGAACGUCACCAGCGUUGACUUCAGCAUGGACUCGCUGCCUAUCCGCCAGUCUUCUGCGGUGAACAUCGGAAGAAUUAAACCGGAACUUUACAAACAGAAGUCCGUAGACUCAGAGGACGGGGCCAAAGAGCCUGUGGAGACGUGCGGGAAGCUCAGCUUUGCCUUGCGCUACGACUACGAGGAGCAGGCCUUGGUGGUGAAGAUCCUCAAGGCCUUAGACCUGCCCGCCAAGGACUUAACAGGCACCUCUGACCCGUAUGUGAAGAUCUACCUGCUACCGGAGAGGAAGAAGAAAUUCCAGACACGUGUCCACUGCAAGAAUUUAAAUCCCACAUUCGAUGAGACCUUCUGUUUCCCCGUCACAUACGAUGAGCUGUGCAAUCGCAAGUUACACUUCAGUGUGUACGACUUUGACCGCUUCACCAGCCACGACAUGAUAGGGGAGGUGGUGGUGGACAACCUCUUCGAGCUCUCUGACCUUUCCAGGGAGGCAGUGGUGUGGAAGGACAUUCACGCAGCAAUGACGGAGAGUGUGGACCUAGGAGAAAUCAUGUACUCGCUGUGCUACCUGCCCACAGCGGGGAGAAUGACCCUAACAGUCAUCAAAUGCAGGAACCUCAAAGCCAUGGACAUCACAGGCUCUUCAGACCCCUAUGUGAAGGUUUCUCUGAUAUGUGACGGACGGAGGUUAAAGAAGCGAAAAACAACCACCAAGAAAAGCACCCUCAACCCAGUGUACAAUGAGGCCAUCAUCUUUGACAUUCCUCCGGAGAAUGUGGAGCAAGUCAGUCUUUCCAUCAUGGUGAUGGACUAUGACCGCGUUGGACACAACGAGGUGAUUGGCGUAUGUCGCAGUGGGCCAGAUGCCGAGGGUCUUGGACGAGAUCACUGGAACGAAAUGUUGGCUUACCCACGCAAGCCCAUCACACACUGGCACGUUCUGGGAGAGGUAAAGACCUCUGGGGUUUUGUGUUGUGUUUACUUGCAGUGGCCCGGAAGAGCGGCGAGUUUUGAGAGUCAAGGGUCCUGUCCUUCACCCAAACCCCCGCAGACUCCCUGA